CCCGUACGCCGUGUUUUCAGUCGCUCCGCCUAAAGAAAACGUUAAGUGAAGUAAAAGCCAAAUCAAAAUAACACUAAAUCCACGCGCCAUUAUCAGUAACGUUAUCAGAGCAGUGGAAGCUACGCCCGCGUGUGUGUGUGUGAGUGUGCGUGCGUUAGUGCUUUUUGGGUGCGGAAUCAUCGAUGGGCAUAGCCGGAUAGAGAGAUUCCAGCGAAAGAUUCCAUGUUCAACUCCUGCAAUGCCUGGGAAAACUGCGACUUUUCCUGUCCCGGCGAGAGCACCGUCUCCUCCACCUCCUUCUACGGCGAGGAUCCUUUCUUCGACUGCGAUCUGAAGCCGCAGGCAGCCGCAGGCCAGCAGCUGCCCCUCGGGAAUGGCUCGGUGUACGGCCGCAUGCCGAUCCAUGAGCCCGCCGUGAACUUCAACAACGGCACCUUCUACAAUGCAGCAGACCCUUCCAUGGUGCAGCAGCAGCGCCCCUUCGUGGGCGCCAUGCUGGGUCCCAGUGGGGGGAUGCGCUACCAUCCCUACCAGCAGGGGCAGCAUCAGCAGGAUGCCUUCUACCAGCAGCAACAGCGGGGCAGCUUGCUGAACGUCUCCACGCCGUGCCGGGAGAGCCGCCGCCCCUGGAGCUACGCCUACUGCUACGGCUACACCCCCACGGACACCCAGCCCUGCCAGUUCUCGCAGUUUGUGGACAUCGAGGAUUUUAUGAACAACGAGAAGCGCAAGGAGAAGUCCCGCGAUGCGGCCCGUUGUCGCCGCUCCAAGGAGACGGAGAUCUUUAUGGAGCUCUCGCAGGUGCUGCCCCUCAAGAACGACGAUGUGAAUCAGCUGGACAAGGCCUCCGUGAUGCGCAUCACAAUCGCCUUCCUCAAGAUACGCGAGAUGCUGCAGUUUGUGCCGUCUUUGCGCGACUGCAAAGAGACACCGUCGGGAAUCAAGCAGGACAUCGACGAGCCCGAGGUGAAGCCCAAGCUGGAGCUGAGCAGCGAGGAGUGGCUCGAUGGCACCGCAGAGGCCAGCCAUUUGCUGAAGGAGACCAUGGACGGGUUCCUGCUGGUGCUCUCCCACGAGGGCGACAUCACCUACGUCUCCGAGAACGUGGUCGAGCACUUGGGCAUCACAAAGAUCGACACUCUGGGCCAGCCGAUCUGGGAGUACUCGCAUCAGUGCGACCACGCGGAAAUCAAGGAGGCCCUCAGCCUGAAGCGCCACGGCACGGCCGUGAAGGACGAGCAGCAGCUCGAGUCCGGGGUGAGCACCCACCAUCGUGACCUGUUCGUGCGCCUGAAGUGCACCUUGACCAGCCGCGGACGCAGCAUCAACAUCAAGAGUGCCACCUACAAGGUCAUUCACAUCACGGGACACUUGGUGGUCAAUGGCAAGGGUGAGCGUGUGCUCAUUGCCAUCGGGCGACCCAUACCGCACCCCUCGAACAUCGAGAUACCCCUGGGCACCAGCACCUUCCUCACAAAGCACUCGCUGGACAUGCGCUUCACCUACGUGGACGACAAGAUGCUGGGCUUGCUGGGGUAUGCGCCCAACGAUCUGCUGGACACUUCGCUGUUUGUCUGCCAGCACGGAGCCGACUCCGAGCGCCUCAUGGCCACCUUCAAGAGCGUGCUGAGCAAGGGACAGGGGGAGACCUGUCGGUACCGCUUCCUGGGAAAAUGCGGCGGCUACUGCUGGAUCGUCAGCCAGGCCACAAUCGUCUACGACAAGCAGAAGCCCCAGAGCGUCGUCUGCGUGAACUACGUCAUAAGUAAUCUUGAGAACAAACAUGAGAUUUACUCACUCGCUCAGCAAACGGCGGCAAGUGAGCAAAAGGAACAACAACAACAACACCAACAACUUGAGGAGAAGCCCCAAUCGAUUCCGAUACCGACUUCGAUUUUGAGCGAGGAAUCGGCGACGGAAAUCAACAACAAUCCAGAGCCAGAUCCAGAGCCAGAGCUGUUGGCAGCAAAGAAAACUCCAAUUCCAACCGAAAUUUCUGCUGCUGCUGCUGCAACCAACCCACCAACACCAACAACAACAACAACAACAACAACAACAACUGAAACAGCAACCCCACUCACCAACCAACAACAACAACAACUGCAGGCAGAAGAACUCCACAUCAAGCGAGAGAACCACUCGCCGGGUCCCCGCACCAUCACAGCACAGCUGAUCAGCAACAACAACAACAGCAACUGCGGCGGCAGCCUGCGGAUCGAGGAGAAGCGCCCCAAGUCGGUGACUGCUUCGGUGUUCCGGCCCAGUCCGGCGCCACCUCUCACCCCACCAGCCAUAUCCAUAUCCCCAGCAGCAGGUGGAGGGGCAGGGUUCAAGAAAACAGCAGAGCCCACUCUGCCGCCGACAACAACUGCAACGGCAGCGAUUCUCUCGUCGAGCAAUCAGCAGCAGCCACAGCAGCAGAACCUGCAAGCGACUCAAGAUAUGAGUAAGGGAUUCCUAUCAUUCGCUGACGAUGGACGAGGCCUAACAAUGCUCAAGGAGGAACCCGACGAUCUGUCCCACCAUUUGGCCUCGACGGCCUGCAUCCAGCUGGACGAGAUGACGCCCUUCAGCGACAUGCUGGUGGGCCUCAUGAGCUCCUGCCUGCUGCCGGACGAAAUCAACUCCUUGGACUCGACCACCUGCUCGACGACGGCCAGCGUGGCGCCCCACUACCAGAGGAGCAGCGGCCACAGCCACAGCGGCAGCCAAAGCAGCAGCUACGCCAGCAGUCCCCUCAGCCCGCUCACGCCCACAGAAGUGGUGACCACAGCAGCAGGGGCCUCCAACGGGAGCACUCCCAGCCACCAGAGCAACAGCCAGCAUCACGACAACAGCAACAGCAGCAGCAGCAACAUCGAUCCGCUGUUCAACUACCGCGAGGAGUCGAACGACACGAGCUGCUCCCAGCAUCUCCACUCGCCCAGCAUCACAUCGAAGAGUCCCGAGGACAGCAGCCUGCCAUCGCUGUGCAGCCCCAGUUCGCUGACCCAGGAGGAUGACUUCUCGUUCGUGGACUUCGGGAUGCGCGCCCCCUACAUCCCGAUGGGCGAUGACAUGCCCCUGCUCACGGAGACGGACCUCAUGUGGUGUCCGCCCGAGGACCUGCACGGAUCCAUGCCCAAGGAGAUCGAUGCCAUUCAGCAGUUGCAGCUGCUCCAACAGCAGCAGCACCACCACCAGCAGCAGCAGGCAUACAGCCAGUACAACCAGCAACAGCAGCAGCAACAGCAACAACAGCAGCAGCAGCAGCAUUUCUCCAACUCAUUGUGCUCGUCGCCCGCAUCGACAGUGUCCUCCCUGUCGCCAUCGCCAGUGCAGCAGCAUCAGCACCAGCACCAGCAGCAGCACCACCAGCAGCAGCAGCAGGCCGGCGGAGUCUUCACCACCGAUUCGAGCGAGCUGGCUGCCCUGCUUUGUGGCACGGGCAACGGAACGCUCUCCAUCCUGGGAGGGAGUGGCGGACCUGCCGCAGAGGAGUGCGCCGAGCGUCUCCAGCAGCAGCAGCAGCAGCAUCAGCAGCAGGAGGCCACCAGCGACUUUCGCAGCUUCCAGCAAUUGCAGCAGGAGUUGCAGUUGCAGGAGGAACAGCAGCAACAGGAGCAGCAGCAGCAGCAGCAGGAGGAGGAGCAACGCCAGCAGCAGCUGCUCAGCCUCAGCAACUCAGAGUGCAAGAAGGAGAAGUACGAGGUGCCGAUGGCCCCCAGCCUAAGUCAUUCCAUGGAGGAUGCAUUUGAGAAUGACUACAGCAAGGAUUCCUCCAAUCUGGACUGCUGGGACCUGCUGCAGAUCAACAUGGCAGAGGCUGCCGUCAGUCCGGCUGCCUCGUCCUCCCCCUGCAAGGCGACGACCAUCCAGCUGCUGCAGCACCAACAGCAGCAGCAGCAGAACGUCAUCCUGAAUGCCGUUCCAUUGAUAACCAUUCAGAACAACAAGAGCAUGCUGCAACAGCAACAGCAACAGCAGCAGCAGGAGCAGCUGCAGGAGCUGAUGCUGACCACCAAGCAGCAGGCGCCCACCGCCACCAUGAAGCUGCUGAACGGAGCGAGCAUUGCGCCAGUGACCACGAAGGCCACCAUUCGACUGGUGGAGAGCAAGCCGCAGCAGACAACGACGCAGCAGCAGCAGCGCCUUGGAAAGCCAGCCAUGCAGCAGAUCCUUGUGCCCCAGCAGCAGCAGCAGCACGGAAGCAAGCGUCACCUGAACAGCCAGACGAGCCAGGGGAACCCGGUGGAAUCGAAGCGCCUGAAGAGCGGCACCAUCUGCCUGGAUGUGCAGUCGCCGCAGCUGCUACAGCAGCUGAUCGGCAAGGACUCGGCCCAGCAGCAGACGCUGGCUGGCAAGCGGGCGGCCGGCGACCGCUGGCAGCAGACCGCGGAGGGAAAGCAGCAGCAGAAGCUCCAGCAGCAGCAGUCGAACUCGGUGCUGAAGAACCUCCUCGUCAGCGGACGUGACGUUAACGAGCCCGAAGACGUCUCCGAACCGAUGAUUAUAGACGACAAUUGCCUGGAUCAGGAUCAGACCGGACCGAAAUCGCCUCCGCUUGGCGGCUACGGCAAGUACGGAUUUCCCCUGCACUGUCACACCUCCACGUCGGCCGUGCUCCGUAACUAUCACCACAAUCCGCUGAUCAGCGGCACCAACUUCCAGCUGUCGCCGGUCUUCAGCGGCUCUGACGCGGGCGGAGGCGAUGGCGAUGCCGGGUCAGUGGUCUCUUUGGACGACUCCGUGCCGCCGGGCCUGACGGCCUGCGACACAGAUGCCUCCAGCGACAGCGGCAUCGACGAGAACAGCCUCGUCGACGGAUCAUCGGUGUCGCCACGCAAACGGGUGCUCAUCACGAACAGCGACAGGGCCACUGGACUGGAGGAGUCUGCGCCUCCGCCUCUCGAUGUAAUCCCACAGCAGCAACUGGUGGGCGAGGAGGAGGCCGAAGGAUGCCACAACGGUAGCAGCGCUCCCAGCAGGAAGGCCUCGAUAUCGUUUUUGGACAACAGCAAUCCCCUGCUGCACACCCCGGCCAUGAUGGACCUCUGCAACGACGACUACAUCAUGAGCGAGGGUGGCUUCGAGUUCAGCGAGAGUCAAUUGGAGCAGGUGCUCGGCUGGUCGGAGAUCGUUUAGGAUGUUGGAGGCGUCGGAAGUGGAAGGGAGACGCACAGUUUAUCAUGCACUGCAUUUUCGUGUGCCUGCGGAAAGAAAGAGGAAAUAAAAUCGUUGAAAUUACAGUGAAAAUCGAAGAGGAAAAGUAAACCAAAAGAUGAUGUUUUAGCCUUGCGUGAAGGUAGAAAUUAUAGCCAACUUCCACGACCCUUCACCCCAGAUCCUAGACCCUUGACCUCCCCAAUCCCUACCACUCUGAAACACCCAAGAAAACAAGAAAACCCACAACCCACCCGUGAACAGACCACUAGCUAACCGAAACACAAACAGGAAGGGUUUAGUUAACCAUAUUUGAAUAGUUUUGUAGCCAUGUUAACUGCCUAGAACGAGAGAAUAUACAUGUAUGUACUUUAGUCUUAAUGUUUUUCUAUAUGCAACCAGUUUACACAAGUAAAUAGAGGAAAGAAGCAAAUUUCAAAAAAUAUAAAACAAACAAGAACAUUUCUUGGCAAAAAAUGUUCAUAGCUUUUGCUGCUCGAAGGCUCGAAGAGGUUUUUGGUGAUGGUUGUAGUUGUUUUUAUGACUUUCAAGCUCAAAAGCUGUGGCGAAAAAAAAGUUUUUAAAUACGUUUUACAAAAGAAUAAACAACAAAAAAAACAAUACAUGUAAUUAGCAAUGUAAGUCAACAAUUUCAAUGUUUUCAAAUGGGACAAGACAAAUUUGUAGCUGUUAUAUUUAAACUAUAUUAAUUUCUUUGCUCUUAACUCCAGACUAUAUUCUGUGCAUUUGUAUCAAUUAAAUCUUUUUGUCGACUAAUUUCAAUCAUUUUUCAAUUUUGUUUUCCCGUUCGUCCCGGUUCUUUAUGUAAAUUAGUUUUAGUUCUGUUUAAGGCGCAGGAUCCACAAAAAAAUGUAUUUAGUUAAGAGUUUCAAGUCUUUCGAUGCUGUCACUAUUUUUCAAAUUAUUCGUUCUGAUAUUGUAUUGGCAAAUAAAUAUAGAAUUCAU